AGACUCGGAGAAGACUUUCUCCGUAUCCCAAAGCUUGCCGCAGAUGGUGAAAACUGGAUGAUGUAUAAGGAACAUUUGCAGUGGUCCAUUGAUGCUCGCAGGCUGCUUGGCCAUUUGGAUGGCACCGAGACUAAGCCAAUUGAUCCUCAGGGACUGCCUGGCAGAGGAGUGUUGUGGACACCAUCAACUCCUGAUGAAGUAAAAGAGGUCAGCAUGUACAAGGCUGAAUUGAAAGAAUGGUGCAUGGGCCAGGCUAUAACAAAACAGCAGAUAGCAGGAAUGAUUCCCGACUCCCUGUUCAUCCAGAUCAAGGACCUAGACACAGCAAAAGAAAUAUUUACCCACCUCUCAAACCUCUUCGAACAAUGCUCAUGUGUAGUGUCUGUUGAGCUG